AGUCAGCUGAGCACAACUUGUGCGGACGCGGCUCUAACCUCGUACAACAUGCGAGAUCACAAGGAAAACGUUUAACCCUGUGCACAGUUUGUCAUUCCAACGUGUACAGAAUACAAUCCAGUUAAACACCCUCCCUUUAAUUCAACUUCUCCGUUCUUUUCCGCGAAGAUUGCCAGUUUUGAGGCUGUUGCGCAGGGGUUUUGGAGGUGCAUGUGACGGCUCACAUCCCAUCAAUUGCGGCGAUUCUGAUCAUGGCCUUAGCUGGAUGCCCAGACUACUUCCUCCACCAUCCAAACUACCAGGACAAUGUUGACCGGACCCCCUCUCACAGACCGUCCAAUCUCAUUGGUUCAAGCUUCCAGCAGUCCUCCAAUCUGAACUCUCCUAAUCAUCCAGAGGAUGAUGUAGAUCUGGAGGCCCUGGUGAAUGACAUGGCCUCUCUUUCAUCCUAUGAGAGCAUCUAUACAACCUGUGGGACCCAGCAUUCGGACUCCGCCCCCCUUUUGCACCGCACCGAUGGCAGUGGGCUCCAUGGCACCAGAUCGGCCCCACAGCUACGGGCUCCAUGUAAUAAAGUGACCGCCCCCCACUCUCCAGCCCAAAAGCUCCGGCGAUCUCAGCCAAUGCACAUACAGGCUGUCAGGCGACUUCAAGAAGAAGAGUUGCAAGUUCGUCCUGCGUCUUUGCCAGCUAUUCCAAACCCUUUCCCUGAGCUCUGCAGCCCCUCGGGAUCUCCUCUGCUGAGUCCUGGAUCUCUGCCACAGCCAUCAGAAUCACAUAUCAUCAAAGUUUUCAGCGAGGAUGGUGUGGGAAAAGUCGUGGAGGUCCCUGCCGACAUGACGGCCAGAGAUGUGUGUCAGUUCCUGGUCUACAAGACCCACUGCCUGGAUGACAACUGCUGGUCGCUAGUGGAGCAUCAUUCCCUGCUUGGUCUGGAGAGGUGUCUGGAAGACCAUGAACUGGUGGUUGCAGUGCAAGCCUGCAUGUCUCCAGAGAGCAAGUUUCUCUUCAGGAAGAACUACGCCAAGUACGAGUUCUUCAGAAACCCACUGAACUUCUUUCCGGAGCAGAUGGUUGCAUGGUGUCAGGAAUCUAAUGGCUCUAUCCCACAGUCCCAGCUCUUACAGAAUUUCUUGAAUUCCAGCAGCUGUCCAGAGAUCCAGGGCUUCCUUUAUUUGAAAGAGACGGGCCGAAAGUCCUGGAAAAAACACUACAUGUUCUUACGGCGUUCUGGGCUGUACUGCUCUACUAAAGGAAUGUCCAAGGAGCCAAGGCACCUGCAGUUACUGUCAGACUUGGAGGAGAGCAAUAUUUUCACUGUGACGACGGGCAGAAAGAUGCACAAUGCGCCCACAGACUUCCAAUUCUGCAUUAAGCCCAGUAAGGGCAGGACUGAACUGAAGGAGUUGAAGAUGUUGUGUGCCGAGGACGAGCAGAGCCGAACGUGCUGGAUGACUGCUUUCAGACUGCUCAAGUUUGGAAUUCUGCUAUAUCAGAACUACAAGACCCCACACCAGAGAAAGACUGCCAUAUCAAACUUCACCACACCUGUGCGGAGUGUGUCUGAGAAUUCGCUGGUCGCCAUGGAUUUCUCAGGAAGGACAGGUCGUGUGAUUGACAACCCUGUGGAGGCUCAAAGCGCUGCAAUGGAAGAGGGACACACUUGGAGAAAGCGAAGUCAGAGAAUGAAUGUUUUGGGAAGCCCCAGUCCUCUACAUCCCUCACCGUUAAGUUCAGUGAUUCACAGGACGCAGUUAUGGUUCCACGGCCGCAUUAUGAGAGAGGAAUCCCACAGGAUGAUUAUGCAGCAGGGCCAAGUUGAUGGGUUAUUCCUAUUGAGAGACAGCCAGAGCAAUCCAAAAGCAUUCGUACUCACUUUGUGCCAUCAUCAGAAGAUUAAACACUUCCAGAUUUUACCGUUUGAGGAGGAUGGCCAGGUCUUUUUUAGCCUUGACGACGGCUCUACCAAGUUCACAGACCUGAUCCACCUGGUAGAGUUCUACCAGCUCAACAGGGGCGUCCUGCCAUGCAAACUCAAACACCCCUGCACCAUGGUGGCCUUAUGACCCCCUCCUGAACCUGACAAACAACACACUCAAAUGUAACAGAAAAACUGGAUAUUUUUUUUUUUUUUUUUUUAAUAAUUUCCAUUCAUUUUCACAAUAAGUUGACGCAACCCACGGGCAUGAAAAUAACCUCCAUUUUUCUCACUGCUCUGGGAUUAGCAUAAAACGUUUGGGACUAAUUAUAGGACAAAAUCAACUUUCCAGACACCCUGUCCUUUGGUUUUGACAAGGGUGCCUGAAUUUUUUAUUUUAUUAGUCUCUGUGUGGUGAACUUUCACUGAAUUCAAGAUUUUUUUUUCUUCAUUCAGGACAUGACAAGCAGACACACACCCCAUGAACUGAUUGGAUCGGGACGGUCGUUUCGUUUGGUGUGUCUGCGGGGACUUGCGUUGCAAAAAGUUACUUGAUGACAAUUGAUAUGUAUUAUGCUAUUUCCUACCUGAACGUUUUGCACUCUCAAGCUGAAAAACAGGUGAUCCACUUCAUCCUGAGCUUACCGCAACAACUGUUACCCAUUUGCCUUCCUCCUACCGUUCACCCUUUCUGUCGUUUGUCCUCUUCCAAACUCGUCCUUGGGAUUCCCUGUGUAAUGAUGGGAUGAGUGCAAAAAGGCAAUGACAGUACUGACCAUUUGAGGUGUGACAUCCUCAGUGACAGCCAAAUAACAUAACCCGGUCUUUCAUACAUCGCUAUGUUUGUGUCUGCAAGGAGAGGGACUGGCCUCAAGGGGUGGCAGACUUGCACUUCAUUAAAUGAUACUUGAUUGCUAUGCUUUUCCAGCAUACGAAUUAGUUAAGUUUGGAGUUUUAAUCAAGCUUUGCCUUAAAGGAAUGUUCUGGGUUAAAUAUAACUUAAUCUCCAUGCUUGCUGUCAAUGUGCUUUGAAAUACAAAAAGCGCGUCGGCAGUCACCUGGUUAUAAUUCAACUCUAUUCGGUCACAAACAAACCCUCUUAUUUUUCUCUUGUUUGACAGUUUGGAAUUGAAAAACAAAUAAGUAUUUGUCAUAAUUGACAUUAUGCCACAGGUGCGCACCAUAGCUUAAAGGGACAGUUCACCCAAAUAAUGAAAAUUGUAAUGUCGUUCCAAACCUGUAUGACAGUCUUUCUUCAGUGAAACACAAAAGAAGAUAUUUUGAAGAAUGUUUUCGUCCUUAGAAUAAAAGUCAGUGGGGUCUAAAAGAAAAUCAUUGUCACUACUGACAUGUGAAACUUAUAUAUUAGUUUAUACAUUAUAAAUGUAUUAUUUCUAAUAUUUAUUUUGUGUUUCACUGAAGAAAAAAGUCUUUAGAACUACGUGAAGGUUUUUUUUUUUAUUUGAGAAAACUGUUUUAACUCAGAACGCAGGAAUAGUGUUUAGGGCGCAGACAGGAUGUGUUCAUUAAUGUCUUUUAAGAAUUAUCCAUGUCAUGUUAAUCUGUUUGGGAAGAUACAUGGCCUGUUUGAGUAUGGAAUCACCUUUUCUAUCAGAUUUCGCUCCUGGCAUUGAAAUAUCAAAUUGAUUGUUCGCAAAUCAAAAACUUGACUCGGGCCUUAGAGUGCCACUGAAACUUGACCCAGGCCUCGUAUCCCACCCUGAGCACAAUUCAAGAGGGUAAUUAUUAGUUUCCUACACUGACUCCAGGUCGUCUUACUUUGUGAACGCACCUAGCUGUUAGUAUAGCCUGAAGCUUAACAACUGCCUUUUCAAAUCACUGUGCUGUUCUUGAGCCAAUGUUAAACCCCUUAAAGUGACAGGCCAGGCCGGGACUGAGCGCCUGGAGGGAUCGGACUUUGCGAAGUCACGUCUCACGGGCGUGUCUGUAAUCCUCCGGGGCUGUGCGACUUAAUGCGGUGAGGAGAUUAUCUCGCGUGCCAGCUUUUGCCACAAGGAGGUUAACAGGAAAAGCUGGUGUACGGUUACCUGAGGCGCUACAUCAGCAGUCUCCUGUCUGUCCCCGACGCCCGCCUUGUUACCCUUCCAACACUGGCCCAGCAAGUCUAAGCUAUGUUUUUUUUUUUUAUAUUCUAACUCUGACAGUUGACUGUUACUGCUGAGCUACAACCACACGCGCCUAGGACGAGAGUGUGUAGCCAGACAGCGACAUAGUGUCGACCCAGAUCUGGGCCGACGCUAUUUUGCUGUCUGGGAUGCGCACUGCGAUUUUGAAACACUUUGAUACCACACACAAGCACAUUUUUAAUUUUCACGUACGAUUCACGCUGUUUAACGUGUGAAAUGCUUUAAGGAUUUUUUAUUGUCUUAGAUGUUCAGCUUCAACUCUGAUCUGCCUUAUCUUACGUUAUCGCUUCCUUGCCGCUUCAUACGUAAAUCGAAUUACGAAAAGUGGAAAGUGCAAGCAUUACGCAUUCGGUGUCUGGGAUUGUGGUUGGCUAUCAUCAUGUUUAAAUAUAGUAAUUUAGUCACAAUUCCAGCCUGCACGAGCUGGACUGAAAACAUAUCUAACUGGAAUACGCAAGUGUGAACGCUCGUCGAGCUCAAUGUGUUUGGAUGAUGCAUAUUUUCGUCAGACCUGUGCUGGUGUGUGGCUCACAAUUAUGAAAUGCCAAACAUGCAUGUGAAAUAUUAACUUCCCCGACCUUGAUUAUGCCGUUUUGGUAUUGAUUUGUUGAACACAGGUGAUUUGAGUUUGUUUCACCUGUAUAUAUGGCUCAUAUGCAGCAGUCACACUCUUUUAAGUAUGUGAAGCCUAUGGAGAGGUAGUAGAUCUAACACUGUAUUAAAACACCAUCUAUUACUAUAUAAAUGUGGUGCGCUCCAAAACAGAAUGAUUUGUUGAUUUAUGUUGUGCAUAAAGUGCAAAUUACGCAUAUUCCCUCUCGACAUGUACCAGUGUGAAAUAUUUUUUAGCUUGUAUCGUGUUGUCAUUUUUAUGUCACAAAUGUCUUUUUAUAAAGAGUAUAUAUUACAGUAUUAAAUUAA